AACCAGCAAAGUGGAAGACCCCUACGCGAGGGGAUUCGCCCGCGGAGGCCCGGCGAGCGCGGGUCCGCCACGAUCCCAGGGUGCAUCGCGCCCCGCCCCCCUCCCCUCUCCGCGUCCCGCCUCCCCUCGGCCCAGGCCCCCUCCCUGCUGGCUCCGGGAGGCGGGGACGCGGCGUCGGCGGCGGCUUCUCCAGUCGCGGCUUUCUCACUCACUGGGGAGCCCGGCGGUGGCGGCACCUUCGGAGGCAGAGCGGCGGAGCUGCGAGCCCGUCGGCCAGCCAGUGGGAGGUCGAACAGACUAAGGGCAUAUCCGACAGACGGACGGAGAGCGAGCCGCCAGACGGCCCGAGUCGCCUCAAGUUCCGCCAUGAGCUGGGGCACAGAGCUGUGGGAUCAGUUCGACAGCUUAGACAAGCAUACACAAUGGGGAAUUGACUUCCUGGAAAGAUAUGCUAAAUUUGUUAAAGAGAGGAUAGAAAUUGAACAGAACUACGCAAAACAAUUGAGAAAUCUGGUUAAGAAGUACUGUCCCAAACGUUCCUCCAAAGAUGAAGAACCAAGGUUUACCUCGUGUAUAGCCUUUUUUAACAUCCUUAACGAGUUAAAUGACUAUGCAGGACAGCGAGAAGUAGUAGCAGAAGAAAUGGCGCACAGAGUUUAUGGUGAAUUAAUGAGAUAUGCUCAUGAUCUGAAAACUGAAAGAAAAAUGCAUCUUCAAGAGGGACGGAAAGCUCAACAGUACCUUGACAUGUGCUGGAAACAGAUGGAUAAUAGUAAAAAGAAAUUUGAAAGAGAAUGUAGAGAGGCGGAAAAGGCACAACAGAGUUACGAAAGAUUGGAUAAUGAUACUAAUGCAACCAAGGCAGAUGUUGAAAAGGCCAAACAGCAGUUGAAUCUGCGUACACAUAUGGCUGAUGAAAAUAAAAAUGAAUAUGCGGCACAGUUACAGAACUUUAAUGGAGAACAACACAAACAUUUCUACGUAGUGAUUCCUCAGAUUUACAAGCAACUACAAGAAAUGGAUGAACGAAGGACUAUUAAACUCAGUGAGUGUUACAGAGGAUUUGCAGACUCAGAACGCAAAGUUAUUCCUAUCAUUUCAAAAUGUUUGGAAGGAAUGAUUCUCGCCGCAAAAUCAGUUGAUGAAAGAAGAGACUCUCAAAUGGUAGUAGACUCCUUCAAGUCUGGAUUUGAACCUCCAGGAGACUUUCCAUUUGAAGAUUACAGUCAGCAUAUUUAUAGAACCAUUUCUGAUGGGACUAUCAGUGCAUCCAAACAAGAAAGUGGGAAGAUGGAUGCCAAAACGACAGUAGGAAAGGCCAAGGGCAAGUUGUGGCUCUUUGGAAAGAAGCCAAAGCCACAGUCCCCACCCUUAACCCCUACUAGUUUAUUCACAUCCAGUACUCCUAAUGGGUCCCAGUUUCUCACAUUCUCCAUUGAGCCCGUGCAUUAUUGUAUGAAUGAAAUAAAAACAGGGAAGCCCAGAAUUCCUUCUUUCAGAAGCCUCAAAAGAGGGUGGUCGGUGAAGAUGGGCCCAGCACUAGAAGAUUUCAGUCAUCUGCCACCAGAACAGAGACGUAAAAAGCUGCAGCAGCGCAUCGAUGAACUUAACCGAGAGCUACAAAAAGAAUCAGACCAAAAAGAAGCACUCAACAAAAUGAAAGAUGUGUAUGAGAAAAAUCCACAAAUGGGGGAUCCAGGGAGUUUGCAGCCUAAAUUAGCAGAGACCAUGAAUAACAUUGACCGCCUACGAAUGGAAAUCCAUAAGAAUGAGGCUUGGCUCUCUGAAGUUGAAGGCAAAACAGGUGGGAGAGGAGACAGAAGACAUAGCAGUGACAUAAAUCAUCUUGUAACACAGGGACGAGAAAGUCCCGAGGGAAGUUACACUGAUGAUGCAAACCAAGAAGUCCGUGGACCAACUCAACAACAUGGUCACCACAGUGAGUUUGAUGAUGAAUUUGAAGAUGACGAUCCUUUGCCUGCUAUUGGACACUGCAAAGCUAUCUACCCUUUUGAUGGACAUAAUGAAGGUACCCUGGCAAUGAAAGAAGGUGAAGUUCUAUACAUAAUUGAGGAAGACAAAGGUGAUGGAUGGACAAGAGCUCGGAGACAGAAUGGUGAAGAAGGCUACGUUCCCACAUCAUACAUAGAUGUAACCCUAGAGAAAAACAGUAAAGGUGCAGUAACUUACAUCUAAACUAACCAGGCAGUUUUGUGAUGUGUAUGACAUAGGAAUGAUAACAUAAAACAAAACACAUGGGUGGGAAAACAAGAAAACUUAAAGGCAUCCAAGAUACAUUGUUCACUAUGUGAGCUGAGUGUAGGCUUGAUCUUAAAGAUGUGAAUAUUAUUACCACAAGAAACUGUUCUCAUGAUGUUUUACCAUUUGAAUGACGUUGGUGUGAAGCUUUAUUGAUGUAAAGCUUUAUUGGUGUAAAGCCUUUUGCUUUAUGUCCUGCUUAAGUCUCUGUGAAAGAUUUGUGUUUUUCUGCCUUAUAAGUCAUAGAAUUUGAUCUGUUGGGCAGGAAUCCAGAUAUAGGAAGCCCUCCUCCUCCAACACACACUUUGCUUCAUAAAACACAGUGACUGUAAGUGAAUUCAAAUAAGUAAAACUGCUCUGAAAGCUAACUCCCAAAAGAGUGGUUUGGCCUAGGAGUUUGAAUUUUUGUAGCUGCAGUUUCCAGGAAGAAAAGUAAUAGUUGGCUAAUUGAAAAAAUCAAUACAGUCAUUUUCGGUUUUCUCCCUAUUCUUAGCUUUGUUUUCUUAAAGGAAGAAAACAAACACCUUGAGCAUAAAUCUAUAUUAGUUGUAGGCUAAUCAAGAGACCUGUAAAAGAAAUCAACCUGGUCUUGCUCUUACGUGAAUAAAAUGGAGUUUUUUUGAGACCUGAAAAUAUUUUCAUCUAGUAUACUAAUAAUUUUCAGUAAUGUACAGUCUUCCUUCCAGAUUAAUACUUACAGUUUUUCAUCUUGAAAAAUGUCUUCUGGGAAAUACCACUUUUGUGAUGAUUUAGCAAUUAUACAUAGGAAAAUAGAUUCUAAAUAAACUGAGAGGAAAUCUUGAAUGGAAGGAAAGUACUGGCAAAUUUUUACUUUGAAAAGAAAAACCUUUUUUGACUAACUGGGUUGUAGGACUUUAUCUGUAUCACCAUUUAGGACAUUUCCUCAUUUUAGCUCAAUCAUCAAUUCAAGAUUUUUUUUUUCAAUUAAUUUUAACAAGCAUUUGUUGGAAAAUGCUAUGUAAUUAAGGAUUGUGCAGUGCUGGUCAUGUGGGGAAGUAAAGCAAAGAAGCAAUUAAGAGACUGGUCCUUAAUUUUGCUCACAUCCAGAUUUUUCUGGUGUUUUCACAUAGCUGACUAUUAAAAUGAUUUUAGACAUUUGAGACAGACACUUUAAACUGAAUACCCCUUUUGGUCUUACCAAAGGUCUUCAGUAAUUGUUCUUUUUUUUUUCCUCCUGGACUACAGGUUCCUGAAGAGGGUUUCUGAGGAAAUGGGCAAGAUGUUGAAGGAGGUUACAUGCAGCUGCUUUUAGGGGGAGGGUAUUAAGUUGUCAGGUUCAGAGAGUGAGAGAAGCAAGUUGCAUGAAUGCAUGCAGACUUUUUUUUUUUUUUUUUUUUUUUACUAACUUCAUUAUCAUUUCCAUACAUGGUUUUAAAGAAUCAUUGUUAAUACUAGUCCUUAAAUUCCUCAUUCACAAUUAUUCACAUAAAGGGAAAAAAGCCCAAAAUGGCCAACUUUUUUUCCAUUUGUUUUACUGAUAUUUAAGUCAGAAAAAACGUAAAGCUGUCAUGAAAUUUGUCUUACAUUUGGCUGUCCCAACAGGACCGUCUAUCCCAGCUCUGUUUUAAUUGGCCUUUAGACCCAUUGUCUUUUAGACCCCUUGCCAUUUGUCAGCGUCUGCCUGCACCACCUCUGUGCUUGCUUAACAUCCUGCUGCAUGUCUAGAGCGACUGGGCUAGAGUUUUCAGGCAUGUCUUUAUAAUCCCUUGUUCUUGUCAAAGUCUUUGUUUUGUUUUACAUUUGUAGUGCAAGUCACUUUGUCAGACAUCUCCAGCACUAAUGUUUCCAUCGUAGUAUUCGUGUACCCUACUAUAACUUCCCAACUGCAAACAUUCCAGUUUUGGCAUUAUGAAGAAGUAGUUUGUGAAUCUGAAGUAUUUAUGAUAAGAAAAAGAAAACAUCUCUGCUCUAGCCUACAGCCCAGUUGAAAGAACUCUGAAAUGUAAUACAUCUUCACCUCAGUCUGAGAAGAAUCUAUAGUCAGCACUGAAAUCCUGGCAUAAUAAACACAAGAUACUCACCACCUCAAGACAAAGGACUGUUGUCAGAAGUCAGCUGCUUCCAUUCAAAUGCUGCCUUAAACUAGAGUGCCUAAAUCUGUUGAUUGCCAACACUACCACUACAGUAUCCCACAAAGGGCUUUAUGUGUCAGCUCAGUGCGACCUCCUUUAACUCGGCAGCGCUGCUGCGGAUGCCGACCUAGCCUUGGUAGGUGGCUUUUAGAGCUCUACCAUGUUUGAUGGUGCAUCUUCAAAUUUAUGCAUCAAGCUAAAGACAUGUCCAAGUCCAUUUUACUUUACUCAGUGUUUUUAUGAGAAGUUUUAUGGACCCCCCAUUGUGUUUUAAUUUGGGGUGACCAUGUUCUUAUUUGAUUAUUACAACGAUAGUCUGUUUCCAAGUGAUGCUUUUGUUUGAACCAGAUAAAAUUUAGUGAAACUUUGUAAUGAUCUAUGUGCACUUUUACUUGUAAAAUGGAAAUUUCUGUAUGUUUAUACUUGUAAAUAUAAUUGUCCUUAGUGCCCCUGUUGCUCAUGUUGUCCUGCCUCACAUUUGUGAUUCUGUUAAUGACUUGUAUCUUAACGAAUUUCUUAGUGGUGUUUAACAGGGAGAUGGGCAUGGGUUGGGGGGUUGGUAUUUGUACCACAGAAGCUUCAUUAAUUUUGUUUGUUACUGUUUUGAGGGAAGAAAGAACAUGAAAUGGUCUGUGUAUUAUUGGAUUUUAAGCAAUAUUUUAGAAGCUGUGUGACUGCUUUAAUAAUUUUUUCCCCAGUGUUAUUUGAAUCGUACUACCAGUUAUACUGAAGCUGAAUGACAAUUGUGUGAAAGUUAAUGCCUUCAUAAGAUCAAGUACACCCCUGUUACACAGCUGACAUAAAAUAGUGUAUUACCUUUGAGGCUAGUAAACUAUAUAGCUUAGACUUUGAAUCUCUUUACAGGGUUAUUUAUAUAAUGUGACAUUAUUCAGUACUGACGGACUACAUAAAGUAGUUUUAAAAUCUAGUGCUAUUUUUAUUUUAAAGGUUAGCAGUGAGGAGGAAAUGUGAUCUGGCUGUGUUUGUCCUCUGUACAAAGCCUGAAGUGCUUGUGUUUUUUUGGCUGACAGCCACAGAGGGCAAAGUUUAAGGUUUUCUUGUAAGGACUAACUGUUCUUUUCAAGCUACUGUUUGUUUUUCUCAAAGCAGGAUUUGCUUCCGUAGGAGGCAGGGUCCUUCGCGUGGAAUAGUGCAACCUGUACAUGGGUUAUUACAAUAGGACAGACAUUUGUACUUAUACAGUUUAAAUCAUUCUUAAAUCAUUCUUAAAUUUUGAACAUGUGAAUUGUCCAAAAGAAAUCUUUAAUUUUUCAGUAAUUUUUACUCUUUUUGUGCACAUGUUGAUUUAAUGGUAAAUGCUUUGUUUAAGAUCGUGUUCUCUGUUGAGAAUAUUUUCACAGAAUAAAACAAUCUUUUCAUGGUCA